CUCUUGCUUUUAAAGUAAAAAUAAACCUGGAGUAAGUUAUCAGACCCAGUAAACAAGGUGACUUGGAAUUAGGAUGGGGUAUAUUUUAACCUGCAUUUCAUAUACUUGUGUCACCUUCCUAACCCUUUUCAGUAUCCAUCCACCUUGGCACAGGACUGGCAAGUAGUUGCCUGUAUAAAUUUCAUAUCAAUCCUGCUACUAAUUGUAGCUUUGGUUUGUUCACAACCUAGCUUUUUGCACUAAAACAGAUUUUCUCAUUUAGCGUGUCACUGACACUGCAGCAUCUCCAAGGCAGUGCUUCUGAAUUUGCAGUGCAGGGUACCCAUGGUCAUUUAGUUUAUGGGUUUCAUGUACUUCAAGAAAUCUCUGAAUCCUUUCCUAGGCACCUGAAAUAUUGAAGUUUGUGCACUCCCAAUUUGAAGGGAAACAAUUAUCCAUGAUUAAUCCAGAAACGUCCUUGGUUACUGUCAUAUUUAGUAUGUGGCUUUUGAGUGCUUUAUGUCAGCAUAUUGUCUUCGAAUUGUGUGUUUCUGUAGAAUUGUCUAAACUUACAAAUUUACCUUCCACAAGUAUUUGAUUCAUUGGAGGCUUCUUCUUAGGGUGAAAUAAUAUAAUUAACAUAUACAAAGUUAAAAGAAGCAAAAUUGCUUGUGAACUUGGAUACAACUGAUUUAUAAAUUUAGGCUUUGUGAGAGAGAUAGUUUUAAAUAAUCGACAACUCAGUGAUUUAGUGUAUAAGGCUAUGAACAGUUUGUAAUAGUGGCUAUAUAAUGUGCCUUCAGUAAAUAAUUGAAAUAUGGUACAACUCUGAAUGAAGCCUUGAAAUCUGAUAACAAUCAUAGUAAUUGUGAAUAAACUUAAUACUGUGCUUUCUCCAGCUUCCAUUUUCCAGGAAAGCUAUUGUUAAGUGAGCACAGACUAUAUGGAUAGCAAUGUAAGAUUUGAUAAUAUGUAGAUGGGAAGGUGUUAAUGCAGUGAUUGGGGAGGUAUUCUGGGAAAGUUUUGUUUAUGUUAAUGAUCUGAAGUGGUACUCUGCAUAUAAGGGGAAAGUGCAGCCCUCAAAGGACCAUCUCCUUGUUCCAGACUACUAAGGAGUAUUCCAGAAAACUGGGAACAUAGUUUGCCUUCCAGAAACAAAAGAAGAAUCUACCCAGAGGUCUGUGUAGUUUGGGUUAGUAGAGUAUGGGAGUAGGAGAAAGCCAUAGAGGGCUGGGAGGCAAUGGUAGUGGUUUAGGACCCUGAUACACGUCCCUGUUCCCCAGCAAGCUUCCACACAAUUAGGAGGCUCCGAAAGCCAAACCUCCUGCUCACUCCAGCCUAUUCUCUUCCUUGCUCAGUUGUUACAAAGGGGUUGUUAUAGAGAUUCUUGUAUCCUGCGUGGGCUUCUCUGAUGGUGAACAGUUUGCCUCAAAGUCUGGUGAAGUUGUUGGACUGACUUUUGAUGGAGGUCUCCUCAAUCACAAGAACCAUAAAACAGGGACUUUCACUGGCAAAAGAUGACAUUGUUCAGCUGAAAGAAGCAUACAAAUGGAUUAUUCAUCCCCUGUUCUCUGAGGAGCUGGGUGUUCCUGCUGAUGGAAAGAGCUUGUUCGAUGUAAGUGUGGUCUUUGCUCACCCAGAAACAGAUGAGGAUUGCCAUUUCCUAGCCACGGCACAUCCAGAUUGUUUCAAGCCAGCAAAGAAGAAACAGUCUGUUUUCACUAGAAUGGCAGUUAUAAAGGCCUUGGAGAAGAUAAAAGAAGAGGAUUUCCGUAAGCAUUUUCCAUGUCCCCCAAAUGCACCAAAGAACUUCUGCACUGUUGUGGAAAUUCAGUGCACCAACAGUGCAAUUUUUGUGGCUGGACGAUACAACAAAUAUUCAAGGAAUUUACCACAGACUCCAUGGAUUAUUGAUGGAAAGCGAAAGCUGGAAUCUUCAGUGGAAGAGCUGAUUUCAGAGCACCUAAUGACAGAAUUUAAAGCAGACAGUUUUAAUUUUUCAUCCUCUGGAAGAGAAGAUGUGGAUGUGAGAACAUUAGGCAAAGGAAGGCCCUUCACAAUUGAGCUGGUGAAUCCUCAUAGAGUACAGUUUACUGCCGAGGAAAUGAAGGGACUUCAGCAGAAGAUUAAUAGCUCAUCAGACAAAAUACAGGUUCGAGAUUUGCAGCUGGUCACCAGGGAGGCAAUUGGGCAUAUGAAGAAAGGUGAGCAGGAAAAGACAAAGACCUACAGUGCCUUAAUUUGGACAGACAAGUCAAUACAAAAGGAAGAUAUUGUGUUUCUAGAUGAUGUAAAGGAAUUAAAACUUGACCAAAAAACCCCUCUGCGAGUUCUUCACAGAAGGCCUCUAGCAGUAAGAACUCGUGUUAUUCACACCAUGACAUCAGAGUACAUAGAUGAACAUCAUUUUCGUCUGAAUCUGAAAACACAAGCUGGGACCUACAUUAAAGAGUUUGUGCACGGAGAUUUUGGAAGAACAAAGCCCAACAUUGGAUCCCUGAUGAACACAACUGCUGACAUUCUGGAGCUGGAUGUGGAAUCUGUUGAUGUUGACUGGCCUCCAGCCCUGGAUAAUUAAGAGUCUUUCAAGUUGGGAAGAGGAAGAGGAACUGGUUAUAGCCUGAACUGUGUACAGUACAGUAAUUUGCUUAUCCAUUGCAGAGUACUUUUUUGAACAAUUGGAUCAUGUUGAUCCAAUAACUUUUGGCAUGAUUCUUUACAGGAUGCUGUAUUGAUACAAGUGAAUACGUUUCUUGUUUUUUAAAGAUUUUACUUAGAAGUGCAUGUCAUAGAAUACAUGUACCAAUGAUGUACUUUGCAGGGUAUACCAAAUACAAAUUUCUUAAUACUGUUUAAAACCUGUUGGUUGAAAAAUAAAAGUAGUACUCUUUCUGAAACUAGAAAGAAAAAUAAACAUAUUUUUAUAUUGGAUGCUA